UAAACUGAAGUCCUAUGCGCCCUUUGUAGUGCACUAAGUAAUAACAGGACGCUAUUUGGGCGUUAACCGGUGAGUCUUGCGUCUGUUCGGCUUCGUGGACUUUGGAAUCGUAGCUAAAUUUCUUUCUGUGAAAAUGGACGGUCGUGGAUAUGGAUCAGGUUUCUCCAGCUGGGGUGGAGGAGGAUCUUCCAGCAGAGGAUCUGGCAGCUACGACCUGUAUGGCUAUAAGGACUCGAUGUCUGGUGGAUAUGGUGGAGGACAGAUGAAGCGAGGUCUGUCUGGUUCUCUUCUCUCCUCCUCUGGGGGCAAUGCAGAUGACGUGAUCGCUAAGAUCAACCAGCGGCUCGACAUGCUAACACAGUUAGAGGGAGGGAUGAAAGGAGGGGGUCGAAAUGACAGGUUUGACCAGUACGAGUCUUUCGACUCGCGCUCCUCUGCCCUUGGCCCCCGCGAUCUCUACAGAUCUGGUAACAUUGUAUUUGGUGACUCCCGGGGCGACAUGAUGGCCCAGCGUGGAGGCAUGGGCUUUGGGGCGAUGGGUGGAGCUGGAGGGGGUGGUGGCUUUGGCGGCUCUGCCUCCCACGGAAACGCCAAAAUGCGGCAUGCUCGAGAUGCUUUCUCAGGCUCCGGCUGGGGUGCGGGACAGAGGUCCCAGCACAGGGGCGGAGGGCCAGGCGGGCGCGGCUUUGGCCGUAGGCAGGAUUCCUCUAUGAUGGGUGGAGGUGGGCGGAGUGGGGGGCAAGGCCACUCCCCCUCAGGGCGAGGCAAGCUGCCAUCGCUCCUGAGCCACCGCAUGUACCCCGAAAGUGGGGGGUUCCAGCCUCAUCAUGGCUCCCAGGACUAUCCUGUCCGGCACUUUGGAGGGGGCAAAAACCUCAACCGACAACGCACCCGCAAGAGACCCCUCAACCGACAGCCGGUAAAACCUCAGCGUGACGGACAGAAGAAGAGGAAGCAGACCCCAACUACAGCUGAUGAGCCCGAGUCUAAAAUGGGCAAGACUGAGUCUGAAGGAGACGAUAAAGCUGAUAAGGCCAAAGCAGCAGAACCGAAAGAAGAGAAGAACGACGACGCAACUCUAGCCACUCAGGAGUCUGAACCAGCGGCCGAAGGAGAAAGUGCCGAUCCAGCCGCUAAAGGAGAAUCCCCUCAGUCGAUGGCAAAGCAGCAGGGGAAACAGACUCCGCCCUCCGCUUCUAAACUUAGAAAGAGGCGGGGCUUCUUUGAAAGUCGUGCGAUUUCCAGGGUGACGUUUGCGUGCUCCGUCUGUAAGUUCCGCUCGUUCUACAGCGAGGACCUGGCCGCUCAUCUGGAGAGCAAAUUCCACAAAGAUCACUUCAGGUUCCUCUCCAGCCAGCUCUCGAAACCAACCACCGAGUUCCUGCAGGAAUACAUAAAUGAUAAACAUAAGAAGACGGAUCAGAGAAUCAGUCAGCUGGAGAACCACAGCGCCACCAUCUGUCAGGUGUUGAGAGAGCAGGACCUGACCAGAGACAUCGGGAUGGAGCACUUCAUGAAGAAGGUCGAGGCGGCGUACUGUUCAGCGUGUGAUCUCUACAUCCCCAUGCAGUUCUUACUCAUCCAGAAGCACCUCAAAUCUCCUGAGCACAACUACAACCGCAAGGGGAUGAUGGAGCAGUCGAAGAGGUCGAGUCUGUCGGUGGCCAGGAGCAUCCUCAACCACAAGGUCAUCGGCAAGAAGCUGGAGAGCUACCUGAAGGGAGAAAAUCCCUUCACUGACACCCAGGACGACCAGGACCCUGAGGACUCCAUGAUGGAGGUGUCUGAGGUUGAUGCAGAACUAAAACAGGAAGGAAAGCAGGAAGGAAAACAGGAAGAGGCGGAGCUUACAGAUGUAGUCGGGGAGCCUGAAGCGGUAGGAAACGGUGACGGACACGAAGAGGAAAUGAAGAUGGAGGAAGGUGUGGGAGGGGUUGAAGAGGGAGUAGAGGGAGGAGAAGAGGAAGGUGAGGGAGGAGAGGAGGAGGAGGAGGAGGAGGAGGAAGAUGGAGGAGUGGAAGUGAAAGAAGAGGAAGAGGAGGAAGCUGAAGGAGCUGAGGAGCAUGAGGAGCAUGAGGAGCAUGAGGAGGGUGAUGAUGUAGAAGACCUCCUGCAGGGGGCAGAAGAUGAUGACUGUGGAAUCCCCGUGAUUGAGGAUUAGCCACGCCUGUCUUCAGCGUGAUGGUGUUCCACGGCUGAUCCAGGACCAGCUGGACUGUUAGUGUCGUAUCCAGUUACACUGAUCCGAGAUCAGCGAGAACCCUUUUAAAUCUGUAGUUGUUUGGGUAGAUGAUAUCACACACUGAUCCUGGAACAGCCCUGCUGAGGAAUGCGUGUAUCCUAACCGAAAAUAUAUAUAUAAAUAUAUAUAUAUAUAUGCACCAAUCCACAUAGUCACAUUGCUGUCACUCUCUGGACCAAUGAAAUCGAAGCGCUCUCUGCUCUCUAGCCAAUCAGAUUUGAGCUGUGUCUCUGAUGUCUGUAAGUUCACGCUGGUUUGUACACACGUAGCAUGUUCUGCGUUUAACAGGAACCGCUUCCCCAGUCUUCACUUCCCAUUCAUUUGUUUUUGUUGCUAUGACAUUUAAGACGUCACCUUUCUUUCUUUCUUUCUUUCUUUUAUCUUUUUAUUUAGUUUGUGUCCAUGUGAUGCUGAAGAGGGGAAACUCUCGAUUAAAACAUCUUUGCUUUGUUUUGCCUUCAGCUGAAAAUAAACGUGUAAAAUGCGA